CCGGUCAACGGCCAGUUGCAGCGACCCUUGUCGACGUCCAUCGCCAGUGCUCGUGAGCAAGAUACGAUACGGCCACGUCGACCUCAUCCCAAGCUAACAGAACCCCCGAGCUGAAGCCAAAGACUGGGAGAGGGAAGCAAUUCUCCUGGACACCGCUUGGUUUCGACUCUGUUGACGAUACUGAUUGGUCCAACUGGGAUUCCCCCGUCUCCACCAAGUCUGCCCGCUGGAGUGGUUCUACCGUUAAUAGCAGUGGCAUUGAUGACAUUCCGGAAAAGGAGGAUGAGGAAGAUGCCAAGCCGGCGCGAAAAUCCGAUACAUUGCUUCUUUCACCAGCGCUGGAGGACCUACUUCCUAGCGUGGUUCAUCAUUUAUCCCCGAGCAACCUUAAGAGGACGGCCAACAAUCUGAUGGACGAGUGGGAAAAGUCACUGGUGGCUCCUGAGUCUCGACACAAGGAGACCACUGUAUAGAGCAGGACUCACGACACUUUCCCUUUUCUUAACUUUUUUUUUCCAAUUUCUUUUUUUUCUAAACCAGCAUCAUGCGAAUGCACACACAACAAGGGUGGACAGGGAACAUAUGAUAUUUAGAGCAAUGACGUUCUCUAAAGAUGGCACUGCCAUAAAAAUGAAAUCACAGCCGCAGAGACCUGGUACAUCUUACGACAAAGUUAGUUUGGAACGAUUUGGAUGAGAUAUCGGACAAAGAUGGUACCGCAAAGUUUUAUAGAGUUUUUAAGGGAGCAUGCCUGUUUUUGUUUUUCCUGUCUUUUAAUGCUUUUUUUUUCCUGGCCGUCUUUUGUUUUUUCAACAAAGGCUGCUUACUACAUAUUCUUGACGUUAUCUUUCACUGUUGGAGCUGGAUUAUCGAGAUGACGAUGGGAAUGACAUGAUGCAUUAUGAGAGACUAAAUUGCAACCAAAUAAAAAGCAAAAAUUCCCAAAAG